GAGCGUCACAAAGCCACGAGCCCACAAAAGAGCGUGCAACCCUCUGCGUCCCGGUGCCGGAUCGCCCAUCCCAGCUCCACCAUCAUCACCCGCCACCAUGUCCAGCGAGGAGCUGGCCCGCAAGCUGCAGCGCCGGUUGAGACUAGAGGCGUUGGCCGAGACCAACCACGGCUCCCCGCAGCCUGCACCCUACGCUGCCCCAGCUGGGGACCAGGAGCCUGAACCGCCUGCCCGAGCGCCCAUGGCCAGCGCGGAUUCGGAACUGAGCGCCCAGCUGAACCGCAGGCUGGACAUCCACCAGGGCGCAGCGCCGUCCCGCCGCAGCAAGGUCUUCAACCCCUACACUGAGUUCCCGGAGUUCAGCCGUCGCCUCCUCAGGGAUCUGGAGAGCAUGUUCAAAAUGUAUGAUGCUGGAAGGGAUGGCUUUAUUGACCUGAUGGAGCUGAAACUCAUGAUGGAGAAACUGGGGGCUCCCCAGACCCACCUGGGCCUGAAGAGUAUGAUCAAAGAGGUGGAUGAGGACUUCGAUGGCAAGCUCAGCUUCCGGGAGUUCCUGCUCAUUUUUCACAAAGCCGCUGCUGGUGAGCUGCAAGAGGACAGUGGACUGCUGGCAUUGGCCAAGCUUUCUGAGAUCGAUGUCGCCCUGGAGGGCGUCAGAGGUGCCAAGAACUUCUUUGAAGCUAAGGCCCAGGCCUUGUCAUGCUCCAGUAGAUUUGAAGCUGAGUUAAAAGCUGAACAAGAUGAGCGGAAACGGGAGGAGGAGACUAGGCGGCUCCGCCAGGCAGCCUUCCAGGAGCUCAAGGCUGCUUUCAGCACAUAGUCCUGCUGACCUGACCCAUGACCACAGCUGUGCCUUAUUGACAUCCUGGAGGAGAUGACCAGAAUUUUCACAUUUUUUCCUCUCUGCCUGAAUGACACCCCCCUCCCCCCGACACCCCAGGCUUGUUUCUUGGUGCCUCUGGAUAACCGGAGGCUGCUUUUAUCCUUCCCAGGGUCCUGGCCUCUUCGGAAAAGGCUUGCCAGUUGGUCUUUCCUGCCUUCGCUCCUCUGCUGUUAUCUGUAGCCGAGACUUGUUUCUUCUUGAAAACCGUCUUUGUCCCUGCGUGGUUCUGUGUCAACGAGUCCUGUUCAUCUAUGGUCCUCAGAGGACACGUUGCCUAAUGCUUGGAUGGUUCUUCCCUGUGGUCCUUGCAUUGUUUCCUGGCCACCCUCUCUCUACUCAGACUGCACUGACUUCUUUUUCACUGGCUUCCAUCCUAACGUCAUGGCGGGAUUUGAAGGAGAACUUGUGGAUCAUUACCUGUCCCCUCUCCACCUGUCAUAUUGCCUGUCUCCUGGCCCUUAACAGUGCCCACCCUCUAGUCCCCCCCUCAUCCUUUUCUUUCUAUUUCAGCCGUUGUUUCCCCACUCCUAAGUCCUUUACUGUAAGAACAAAAGAAUUGUUGGAAGUAAUGUUAAUGAGCAGAAGGAUAUCUGUCACCUGACUCCAUGCAAAUCAGAGUGGACCCCCGAAAUUCUCGUGACACAUCAAGAUCUUUUGAAAUCCCAGAAGUUGUGACCAUCUUCCAGUGUCUGACAUCAGCUCCAAGGAGCUAAAGGAAAGGUAUUGUCAGCAUGGGACAGAUUUUUAUAUCUUGUGAGUUCUUGGGAUUUCUCACAAAUUCCAGGGGGUUGUAUUUUUUAACAAAAAAAAAAAUCCCAAUGUCAUAUUUAUUACUUCUCUUUUGUAACUGUUGUCUUUGAAAUAAAGAAAACAUCUGCCUUUUUAUCUUAAAGCUGUUUCCUUUUAAAUAAAAUGUGCAAAUAAUCUUUGCCUUCA